GCAUUAUGACAACUUAGCGACACAAUGGUAGGGAUUCACUGAGCUGGGUUUGGAUCAUUGAUGAGUCAUUGUCUCAAAGCAGCCUUAUAAUGUUGUGAGGGGAUCCAGGAACCCAAAUUAUUUGGGUGGAUACCAUACUCCUUAUAAAACAAGCUUUGUUUCCAGAAGGUAUCAACAUUGUCAAUAAAUGUGACACCCACAGCGCUGCAAUAGUCACGUAGCCAGUUAUGGAGGGCUAAAAGUCUGCUGAACCGUCCAAUGCAACGAUUUAGGGAGGGCACAGGGCCAUAUAUUAUGGGGUGUUUGUUGGUGUCAAGUAGAGACCAACUAAAUUCUUUAAAAUCCAUCUUCAGUUGUUCUGAGCUGUCCUUCAUAAUGUCAUUGAAUCCCACAUGAACUAUGAUAGACUCAAUUUCUUGAUGCAGGUUUAAAAUGUUUGGGAGCAGCUUAUUGAUGUCCUAUACUCAUGCUCCUGUAUAGCACAACGGUUUUGACCGACGGACUGAGACAUUUCUCACCAUUGAACUACCCAAUACAACUGCCGGAGAAAUUUGUGGAACCUUUCACAGGCCCAUGAGAAGCAUGAUAGCAUACACUUGCAGCUCCCGGCAAUAGGUCCAGACCUCCCACGGUAGGCAGAUCCAGAGAGAGGAAAAGGUGCUGGACUCGACAACGAAUCCGCUGCUGGAGUCAGUGUGGUUGGAGUCAGCACAGCAGUCACAGACACAGGCAGUCCCAGCGAUGAAGGCGUAGGUAGAUCAAGCACCAGGGCAGCAAAACUAUUCCUCAUGUCAAUCUGCUCCGUACCUCUCACCAAAAUCCAAGCGGGCUUCCCUUGACACUUUUUUGGGUGCGUCAGGACCAUUCACAGUUGAGCUCCCUCAGUUUAGCUCAAUACUGAUUGGCUAACUUUUUAUACUUUUUUUUUUCAAGGGAGGCCAGAUUACAUUUAAUACAGUUAUCCUUUGCUACAGUUGAAGUGUUAACAAAUUAGAUGCACUGAAAUGUAAGCAACUUCCGAAAAUGAACACUCUGAUUAUAGUGAUAUGAUGUCUACUCUUGCAAACAAUGUAAAGUAUGUAUAGAUAGGUGUAAUCUAGAGCCAAGCGUGUUGAUAUUUAAUCUGAGAGUAUCUUGCUAUUGACACAUGUUGGAUUAUGCAACAGAACGUGACAACAUCAGUUAAUAAGGCAGUCUCUCCCCACACACACACAUUCUCUCUCACUUUCUCUCAGUCUUCUGUAUGCUCUCUCUUCUUUGCUCCCUUGUUGAGACUAUUCACUCAUAACCCAGAGGACCCAACAUCCUAGCUGAGUCCAGACUGGAGCAUGGUGCCAGAGAAGGAAAGCGAUGGUCUCAAGAACUACGCAUUUGAUCUCUACCUUCAGGCCCGCUCCAAGGCGUCCGCAUGGUCCUAAACCACCCGCUGAACUUCAAGAACAAACACACUCUCUUUUCUCUCCAAUCUGAGCAAGAUUGACAGCGCUCUGAAUAAAUGAGGAUGGGGGAGGGGCUAUUAAGGGUGGCCAGUCAUAUAUUAUAUACCUGGCCAGAUAAAUAAUGAUCUAUCAAGUGAUUAUCACUGAAGUGAAAGGAGAGAGCCAACAGAGACACUACUAGAGGCAAACACACGGUCAAUUAACCAUUGUGAGAGACAGAGAAAGAGAGGUCGAGGUAGUACACUUCUUGUUGAGACGUUUCACUCAUAACUCACAGGACCCAGCAUCCUAGCUGAGUCCAGACUGGAGCCAUGUCUCCAGAGAAGGAAAGCAAUGGUCUCGAAAACGACACAUUUGCUAUUCAUGGGCAUUUCUGUGAGCUGGAGAAUGAUGGAGAGGGCUCCGACCUCUCUGAGGAGGAUGACAAGAACAAGCUGGCCUACUGUGUCACAGACGUCCCUGCCUGGUACCUAUGCAUAAUCCUGGGCAUCCAGCAUUUACUGACAGCGUUUGGGGGGAUAAUUGCCAUCCCUCUGAUCCUGUCUCAGGGUCUGUGUCUGCAGCACGAUGGCCUGACCCAGGGUCACCUCAUCAGCACCAUCUUCUUUGUGUCAGGCGUGUGCACCCUGCUGCAGGUCACCUUCGGAAUCAGACUGCCCAUUGUUCAGGGGGGUACCUUUGCCUUUCUAGCUCCCUCCAUGGCUAUGCUGUCAAUGCCAGAGUGGACAUGCCCUGCCUGGACCCAGAACGCUUCCCUGGUCAACACCACCUCUCCUGAGUACAUAGAUGUGUGGCAGAGUCGCAUGCGAGAGCUGCAGGGCUCCAUCAUGGUGGGCUCUUUGUUCCAGGUGCUGGUGGGUUUCUCUGGCCUCAUCGGUUUCUUCAUGCGUUUUAUUGGCCCCCUUACCAUCGCACCCACCAUCUCUCUGAUUGGCCUGUCCCUGUAUGACUCGGCUGGAAUGAGUGCAGGGAACCACUGGGGCAUCUCCACUAUGACAACUGCUCUGAUCAUCCUGUUCUCCCAGUACCUCCGACACAUCCCUGUACCAUUCCCCACAUACAACAAGACCAAGAAACUCCACACCUCCAGGAUCUACAUCUUCCAGCUUCUCCCUGUGCUCCUUGGCAUCACACUGUCAUGGCUGAUCUGUUACAUCUUCACCAUCUCUAAUGUCCUGCCCUCCGAGCCGGAGCAGUACGGCUACCUGGCUCGCACAGACCUGAAGGGGGAUGUCAUAAGCCAGGCCCCCUGGUUCAGAUUCCCAUAUCCAGGUCAGUGGGGUUUACCAACUGUGAGCCUGGCGGGACUGGUAGGGAUCUUGGCUGGGGUGUUAUCCUCCAUGAUAGAGUCGGUGGGGGACUACCACGCCUGUGCCAGACUAUCAGGGGCCCCUCCACCCCCUAAGCAUGCCAUCAACAGAGGCAUUGGCAUUGAGGGGAUUGGCUGUCUGCUGGCUGGGGCCUGGGGCACGGGCAACGGAACCACCUCCUAUAGUGAGAAUGUGGGUGCACUGGGCAUCACCAAGGUGGGCAGUCGCAUGGUGAUCGUUGCUGGUGGGGUAUUGAUGAUCAUCAUGGGACUUUUCUGUAAAAUUGGAGCAAUUUUCACCACCAUCCCCACACCUGUGAUUGGAGGAAUGUUCUUGGUCAUGUUUGGGGUCAUUUCUGCAGCUGGAGUUUCAAAUCUGCAGUAUGCAGACAUGAACUCCUCCCGGAACGUGUUUAUCUUUGGAUUUUCCAUGUUUUCCGGGCUUGUCAUUCCAAACUGGAUAUUCAAGAACCCGGAUGCCAUAGCAACAGGUGUGGCCGAGCUGGACCAACUGCUGCAGGUGCUUCUAACAACCAGCAUGUUUAUUGGAGGCUUCUUUGGGUUCUUCCUUGACAACACCAUUCCAGGCACCCUGCGGGAGCGGGGCAUCAUGGACUGGAACAAGAUCCCCCUUGAUGACUCCAGCAACACUUUGGAGAGCUGUGAGGUGUACAACCUUCCAUUUGGAAUUAGCUCUUGCCUCUCCUCCUUCUCCUGGGUUCGAUAUGUGCCGUUCCUCCCUCCAAAUGCACCAAGCUCACAGGACUCUUUGGCGACCAAGCAGCAGCCUGUGAAGCCAGAGGUUAUCAGAUCAGUGGCCCUAUGAACACUGUGCAGGACCAGACACGGGCUAAAACAACAACAAUAAGAGAGGCAGCUCUUGUGACAUGGUCCUCCCGUUCUGUUCUUUUUUGUCUAAUAUUUUAUACUCAUAUCUUGUAAAGAUUUGAUUAUACAUUUUCUAAAUUAACUUUUGGCAGUAAUAUUUUGGCAUUUGUGUGGUGUAAAUACAUUUUUGUUGUGAUACAUCUUUUUUUUUUUACAGUAAAGUGUUGUAAAAAUAUACAUAUAUUUUUUUUAUGGAACUUGUAUUUUACUGAUAACACACUGUAUAGGAACCAUAUAAUAAUUGGACUAAAAUCACUUUUAAAGUUUCAAAAAUAAUAUCUGUAAAUAUACAGAUUUUUUUCAGAACUACAUUUCCAAGUGUGUUCAGGGUAGCACUGUCACGCCCUGGUCGAAAUAUAUUGUGUUUAUCUUCAUUUAUUUGGUCAGGCCAGGGUGUGGCAUGGGUUUUG